UUCAAAAAACCUCACAGAUGGUCCUUGUGGUUUCAAAACUUUUAACAUUUGGUCCUUCCGGCUAACUCCGUUACCAUUUAACCGUUAAGUCAGGGGCAUUUUUGUCAUUUCACUACACAGGGACCAUUUAUGAGGUUUUCAAAUACUUUUUUUUAAAUAAAUAAAUAAAUAUAUAAUAUUUAAUAUGCAAGGGGUCCCACCCCACCCCAUCUCUCUCUCUACAAUUACACCAUUGAACAAACGUAAAUAUUGUUUUGCUCCUUUAUUAAAGAUAAGGGGCUGAUCUGGCCAAAGUGAUUGAAAUAGUGAGAGUACUCAUCUUCAGAUCGGGGGAAAAAGAAAAACAAAUUGAACAACAGAUUGGGUGGCACCGAUGGUGGAGUGGGGUUUUGUGAUGGUUGGGAAAUUACAAGGAGGGGACGCAGAGGCGGAAGGCCAUUACCGGCGAUAGUGGCAAUGAAGGGAAAGGCCUUCGAUCCUCAUCUGAUCGAGGAAGAAGAAGUAAGAACAAAACAUGACAGGGGGUGGGGGUUUUCGUGGGAUUUCUCAGCAGAUAGCAAAGAGGGACGCCGACAGAAGGCUGUCACCGGCGUUCUCCUUUCUUUUUAUGGUUCGAUCGGCAACAAUACGGGAGGGAAUAGAAUGGUGAAGCAGAUCAUGGCACACAACUAUUAGAAGUCUUGUAAUUUACGCUUUUGAAUUCUUUAUUGGAAUGGAUAUAGACAUAUGAUGAUAUGGGUAUUAUAAAGCUUCGAUCUUUUUUCAGAAAUAGUGUUGAAGAGAGUUGUGGGGUUGAUGAUGGGGUGUUUAGGAAUGAGUUGUUUGCGAAUAUCAGAUCAACCAACAAGACCAGUAACUUCAGAGUGUGAUUCACCUACUUCAUCAGAUAUUAUCGAUUCAAUUGAUCCGAAAAACGAAAAGUCAUCGUCUUCUUCAUCAGGUAGAAUCAAACUUAGUGAUGGAAGGUACUUAGCUUACAAAGAACGAGGAGUCCCGAAGAAUGAAUCGACUUACAGAGUCGUUAUUGUUCAUGGAUUCGCUAGCAACAAAGAGAUGAACUUCAUGGCUACCCAAAAAUUAAUGGAUGAAUUGGAGAUUUAUCUUGUACGAUUCGAUAGAGCUGGAUAUGGAGAUAGCGACCCAAAUCCAAAGCGUUCGCUUAAGAGUGAAUCAUCAGAUAUUCAAGAACUUGCAGACCAAUUACAGCUUGAUAUUUUCGGGGCAUUUUCGUCCGGCAGAGAGAGAGAGAGAGAGAGAGAGAGAGAGAGAAAGAGAGAGAGAGAAAAGGAUGGGACCCUUUAAUAUUAAAUAAUUUUUUUUUCUUUUUAAAAAAAUAAGGUAAAACUUCAUAAAUGGUCCCUGUGGAAGUGAAAUGACAGAAUUGCCCUUCACUUAACGGCCAAAAGCUAACGGAGUUAGCGAAAAGGACCAAAUGUUAAAAGUUUUGAAACCACAGGGACCAUCUGUGAGGUUUUUUGAACCUAGGGACUAAACUUGAUAUUUUUGGUAACCACAGGGACCAUUUUUGAAGUUUUGUCUAUGAUUAAUUAUACUCGGUUUCCAAUCAUCUUUCUAUUAAUUAAU